AUGGGCUUCACGGCUACGCUGCUGCACGGCUUUGCGGCUACUCUGCUGCUCGGCUGCGCUGCUGCACUGCUGCUCGGCUGUGCUGCUGCACCUGUUCAGCUGCGGGAAAAGGGGAAUGGGGUAGAAGUGCAGAUGCGGGGCGACGGGCGGCGGCCCGACGAGAAGAUGCGGGGCGACGGGCGGCGGCCCGACGAGAAGCUGCGGGGCGACGGGCGGCGGCCCGACGAGAAGAUGCUGGGCGACGGGCGGCGGCCCGACGAGAAGCUGCGGGGCGACGGGCGGCGGCCCGACGAGAAGAUGCCGGGCGACGGGCGGCGGAAUUGA